AUGGGACGAAACGUAUUGAGGAUCUUGCUGCUCCUCUGCUGCAUGCUGCAACCGCAUGUCGGACAAUACCACAGAGACACGCGAUGCUUUCUGGAGAACGGAGCCACUGCGGCGCAUCUCUUUGUCAGAGAGGAUCUGCCCGUCGGCGAUACUGUGGGAAUUCUCGGAGUGCUAGGUGAUCCCGGCUCGAAAGGUGAUAUCGAGCUAAGUUUACAAGAGCAUGACAGUCCCGUCGCAUUCUCGCCAUAUUCAAAGAAUUUAACUCUCAUCAGACCGCUCGACAAAGAGGGUAUUGAGGGACCAGCCAGUGUUUAUAUCAACGUUAUCUGCGGAAAGAAACCUACUGCAGAAUCGGAAUUCAUCAUACCAGUGAACAUUCGGGUAACCGACGCGAAUGACAAUACACCACAAUUUGUGAAUGCGCCCUACGUGCUGAAUAUUUCUGAGGUUACUGUUGUUGGCACAAGAGUUCUGCAAGGAGUUCGAGCUGUUGAUGCUGAUCAACCAGGACCAUUUUCUACUGUGCAGUAUACAGUCCUAACAGGAGCUCACUCGGAUUACUUUGUCUUUGUAAAUGCUUUGGAAGGCACUCUUGUACUAAGAAAAUCACUAGAUUACGAAACUCUCACCAAUUUCUCCGUUGACAUUCGUGCACAAGAUCAAGGUAAUCCACCACGAUCGUCAAUGACAACAUUGUACGUUAAUGUUAUUGAUGCCGACGAUCAGAAUCCGGCUUUUUUGAACGAUCAGUAUAAGAUUACCGUACCUCGUCAUAUAAAAGGGAGAAAACCAUUAAGGGUAGUACCUGCUGCGAUAAAAGCUGUGGAUCAAGACAUCGGUAUAAAUGCACCGGUUCGGUAUACUAUACGAGGUGGAAUUUUACCCUUUUUGGAUUUGAAUCCUGAGACUGCUGAAAUCAUCAUGAUACGCUCGCUGCAGGAGCACGAAUUAAUGACUCCAGCAACUAUUGUUAUUAAGGGCACUCAAGUGAAUAAUGCAGAUCGAUAUGCUCUUGCCACGGUUAUUAUAUCACGAGAAGAUAUGGUUGGUCCAACAGCAGGCGGUCGAUUACCCGUGAAAUUUGUGCUGAAAAAUCAGCAAACGAGUGUACCAGAGAAUACGCCUUCUGGAAGUGUUCUUCUAACGGCAGGAGUCAACAAAGCUGAUCCUAAUUUAAAAUUCUGGCUCGUGGGCCCAGUGGAGGAUUUAGAGAGAUUCUCGAUUACUAACUCUGGCGAGUUAAUUCUCAAAGGAAAUUUAGAUUACGAGCGGCGGUUUCAGCACAGCUUCUUGAUUCAUGUCACAGAUGGAUAUCAUAAUGAUACAUCACAUGUGAAUGUUUCGGUCGAAGACGUGAACGAAUGGGAACCUCGAUUCCAAUACUCCCGGUACGAAUUUCAUGCUCAUUCCGCAAGAGAAGGUUCUGUUGUAGGAAAAUUAGAAGCAGCUGACGGCGACAGGGGAGAUAAAGUCAACUUAUCUCUCAGAGGACAAGAUGCAAGAGCCUUCGAAAUUAGAGAUAAUGGAGAAUUAGUGCUGAGAUCGUUGGGUUCAUUUAACGGAUCUUUGGCACGAUUUAUAGCGGUAGCUACUGAUUCCGGAAAACCGCCAAGAUCCAGCAUGAUUCCAGUGAUUGUUCACAUACCUAACAGCGGUUCAUUGCCGAUCGCUGCGAGAGCCGCACCCGCUUGGCUCGGUAGCAGCGUGUUAUUAGUUGCAAUCUUCGGCGCAGUUUUGGGUCUUCUUGGAGUUGUCAUACUUAUUCUUAUUCUUUACAUUUAUAACAAAAGGCCAAAAAGUGGUGGUUCGGUCAGCUCUGUGGGUACUGGAUAUCGUGAGAAAUCACCAGUUCCCUCGGCUCUAAGUCCCACUCCGCAAGUUCUAGGCGCUAACGUUCUUCAGGACGGCUUGGAAGGCCCACGGAAUCGGCGUUACGAUAUUGACGAUGAGAAUGAUAACGUCGACAGCCGUAACGAAAUCGAUAAUCCCGUCUUCGGAGAAACCAAUGAAAGCUCUUAUAGUACUACAAUCAAAAGUAUAGCCUCGGCGAAACAAUUACCAUUAUACACCCGACAUAAAGUGGCACCCGCUCCAAAUCCGCCAGCUUUAUCAGCAACUUCGAACAUUCCCAAUAUCGGUGGACUCGUGCAGAAUAUGAAUGAUCUGAGUGCUAGAACCAAUCUGGAUGCUGGAUCUCACGACUCUUCCAAUUAUUCCGGAGAUCCUCCAGAUUCUCUCAUGCCAACGUGGCCUACUAGUUCAGCUUUGCCGAGAAUCAAAAAGUUAUCCUGGGACGACGAUGACAGAACUGUGGAUAGUGUCGAGGUCGCAGCAGAAACGCGAACCGGAGACAAUCAAAUUGGCAACGAGAGGCUCAAUCUCACUGUAUACUUCUAA